CUCCCCUGCUAUCCUCAUUUUUUUCGUGAACUCACAAAUUACUAGAACAACUCCGCGUUCGUGUGAACUUUCUGGUGCAUAUUUGAAGGUUGCACCGCAUGUUCUCGCCACCCCCUCAAUAAUUGAUACUUGGGUGUGCGACUUCCCAGUUAUUGGAUUAAAUGUGAGAGUAGCUAUAACGAAAAAAAAAAUGAUGGAUUUACUGAAAAAAAAGGUGGUGAAAGUGGAUUUUCCGAUCAGUAUGUGGUCAACGGUGCUUGUGUCUGUUUCACAGUGAAACCACCCCGGGAAGAACUUUAUGUAUAUUCCCCCGUGUGAAAAGUAUGAAAAUGGAAAGUGAAGGAAGGAGCUCAACAGCCAGUACCGUCAGUGGAGUCUAUCAGAAUAUCUUAAAGAGUCCCGCACCCAUUUGCAUGUUCUACUUCUCUCAUCCAUUUGGGAUAAUAUCUCCAGUCGGUGCGACAAGUGGAAAAUCAUCAACAACCCCCAAAGGGUGUGAAUUAGUUAACGGACGAAAGAAGAAGGGUGCACGAAAGUUCGGCGAAGGUGAUCAAGUGCGAAAAACACCCCUCAUUCCAUGGCCACGAGAUACCUGGCGCCGUGAAAUUUCCCUUCCGCCACUCAUUCAGCUCAUAGCACGACGAAAUGGUCGGAAAGUGCCGGAUAUUGAGGGGGUUUUGAGUACAAUCAGACGCGCCUGGAACACACCGAGUGAAGGACGUGGAUCGAUUUGUAGUGGAUUUCGUGACGAAACAUCAUCAGCAUCCGAUUGGGACUUGGGUACUGUAUCGAGUGAUUUUCCGUGUUGUCAGCACCGGAACCGGACCAUGGGUUCGGGUACUUUUGCAGUCACCACAAAUGGGGGUGGAUUGCUCAGACGACGAUAUUCCGUUCCCGAGAUUAUCAUGAGAAAGCAUUCACUAUCGCAGCAGCAAUCUCUCGAGGCGAAAGAGGAGCCAAUUGUGGCGUCAACGGCCCCAACGCCACGCCAUUCGCCCUUGAUGCGGUCCCCAGCCGAAAUGGGCCCGGGUCGUCGUGGGGGUGGUUCCGAUUCGAAUUUGUCGCGUGCCACCAUCCCCGUGAGCAGCGACAUGAGAAAGUCCACCCUCCUUCGGCGAUUUUGGGGUCGAGACACCCGACGCGGGGUACUUACGGACUCUCGUUCGGGCAGUUGGUCACCGCCGCCGAGACGGUCACACCGACGGCUACACUUUGACGUACAUCAGUGUGUUGAGUGCCAGAAGCUGAACGGGACGCAAAGCGGAAGUAGCAGCAGCAGCAGUCAGAGUAGUGUUUUCCUAGCGAGUGGUCGUACCCCAUCACUUGCCUCCCCGAAGAGACUGAAACUCAUGGCAAGUCCAGCCACGGAUUCGCGAAUGGAAAGUGAAAUUGCGGAAACAAGUAGUCCAAUGGCACGGGAUUCACCCACAACGACGGCGGUGUCUUCAUCGAGUCCACCCGCGGGGAAGAAUGUGAAAAUCUACAUGACUUCCCUGGAGACACCCACAUCGCAGGAGAACAAUAACCCCUCUGAGGAGUCCCUGCGGAUUGAGAUUGAAACAACGACACUCACCUCGAGUACGGGGGAUGAGAAUAUGAAUGGUGCCCCCACCACGACGACGGUGACACGCACCGAAAGGGUCAACAGACACCAAUCCGACGAGGAGAUGGAUCGAUAUAUUUCCAAGUUGCUGAUUGACAGUCUCAAUAAUGUGAUUGAGACGUCGAAUGCAAAUGAAUUAAUCAGAACUGAGGAUACUAAUGGGAAUGAAGCUGCAACCCCAAGGGAAUCUACUGCUGAUGAGAAUCUCAACACUGUGGAAGAUGGUGAGGUGGUAUACAGUGCAAUCUCCACUGCGGACAUUUCGGAUCCUGCUCUUGAUGUGUCCGACACAAGGACAUCGAGUACAACUCCUCCACCUGCUCAUGCUGAUGUAGCUCCGUCUCAGGUGCAGGAAUCAAAGGAAAUUCCCAUCUACUUUCCACGUUAUUCAGCCGAAAGUAAGGGAGAUCUCUCGAGCUACACAUCAGUAUGCUCAGAGCCUGAAGUUCAGGAAAUGGCAGCUGUUGGCACAGGGAGUUCCUAUCCCGAUGUUGAAGUCAAUGGAGAACCUGUUCUUGUGCCCCGACUUUCAGCUUUUCCACGCACGGAAUCUAUGGAAGUUCAACCAUCAUCAGCUUCUGCAUGUGAAGAUGCUGAGAAUGGGGAUGCGCUGCCCGAUGAUGAGGACAGUGUAAGCUUGGUUGAUAGUCUCGAUGAUCCUGAAUCCCCAGAUCAUAAAUAUCGCUCAACUGAAUCUCUCAGAGCACCCACAUCGGCUGAUACUGACGGGAAAUCUCCACAUUUUCGAGAGAAGGGUGAAGCAUUCUUUGUGCCCAUGUCUGAGAAUCAAAUUCCCGUGGAUGAGAACAUUGUUGUUGCUGAUACAAUGCCUGAGAAAUUACGCGAUAAGCUUGUGCGACGUCAGAAGCGGCGAGAUAUGAAAAAGGAGCUGGAACUACGACGACGGCAGAAGAUGCAAAAGUACAUUGAUCAGAAGCUCGAAGAACGUCUGGAGGAGCUUCAAGCAAAUGCAGAUCGCAAUUCAAGAGCAAUUAUUGCCAAAAAAGAUAUCCCUGUUCCGGCAGCUUCAGGCAAUGGUAAAGGGUCUAAGAAGAGUGUUCUGAGAACAGAGAUUGGCAUGCUGGAAUCCUAUACGAUAGACUCAAGGGGGAAUAUGCAAUUCAAUCCGCCGCCAAAGGAGACUAAAGAAACCACCACAAAGGCACCUAAAGCACCAAAGAGAACAAACAUUACGCGGAAGUUUACAAAAGCCAAAUCUGAGGAACAUCCGGUGCCUGAGAAAAAAGUCCCUAUGAAGAAAUCUGCCUCAGAUACACUACCGAGGCGCAGUAAGGGUGUGCGAAAGGAUGUGCAGCACAUGACACUCUAUCAGACGGCAGAUUUGACUCCAGACAUUGAGGGAGGUCCACGGAGGAUGUAUCAGAAAACGGAGAUUCAGGAUGGUGAGAAGAGAAUUGAAAUUCUCGAAAUUGUAGAGUGUUUGGAUAGUUCUCCGGAAACAUCGCCGGGAAUGCGGAAUCCCCUGACGUAUAGGAUUAGUGGGAAGUCUGUUAGACGAUCCCGAAUCCCGGUGCCCAUUUAUAAAUCAGCACGGAAGUCUCCACUCAGUGAAACUUCCUCUCCACGAGCUGUAGCUAAUACGAAAGUGGAUAAAUUGAUAGCCGAUCUCCUGAUUGAGGCUCUCAACAAUCCCGUAGAUUUGGGGAUUGAGUUUGUGGCAUCGCCAAAAAUUGAGAAGGCAGUCAAUGGGAAGCGGAAUGGGGUGAAGAAGAGAUCAGCAAAUAGUGGAAUAAAGUACCAUCAGGUUUUCGAUGUUAUCCCCGAAGAGAGGAGCAGCUUUUCCUUUGAUUCAUCCAAUGAGGAGUCCGGGACUCACAAAACUCGCGUAGAUAGUGGACAUGGACCCUCCACGAGGACUACCACAAAGGAGACCAUGCAGAGUAGUGGGAUUAUCACCAAAGCUCCAUCUGUGGAGGAUAAUUCGAAGAAUAAUUCAGAGAAAAGCUCCCCGGGAGAGAAGGUCGUCGUUGAGGCAAAGAGGGAGAGUGAGAAAAGUCAGACUAAUCGUGGCAGAGCAGCUCUGGAGAGUGACACGUGGUUGGGAUUCUUCAAACCACACGAGGAGUCCUCGGCUGAAGGUAUGCUCGUAGUGCAAGAAUCAUCUCGCACUCAUCAUCAUUUCUGUCCACAUCAUCCAUGUCAUCAUCACUUCAUGCUGACACCAUCAUCAGAUACCCUAACUACCGUUUCAUCCUUCAUGCACAAUCCCUCUGUUUCCCUUUCCACUGUGGAUUUCUACUCACCGGACACGUCGAGUUGCACAAACACCCACCUCCCACUCGAUCCCACAGCCCCUGACGCCGGCACUUUUGGCACGAGCAGCUCUGGCUCCGAAAAUAUCCUCACGGUGAUCGAGAAGGUGGAUUCCGGCACAAGUUCCAUGCCUCAGCCUCAUGAUUCCAUUUCAGAUCACCGAGAAAAAGUUCCCACAGAGGUAGCAACGAAAACACCCCGUGAGGCACCACAAAUCCAGGAAGCGCCAGCAGCUACGGAAGUAAUUGACUCCAACUCCUUUGUGAUCAUCCCCACGGUUGAGCUUCCGCCUGUGGAGGUGGCAAAGGAGCCCCCGGAGCCCGAAACAGCCCGCUCGACGCAACCAUCUGUGCGGACGAGGGAUGUGUGCAAGGAUUGCUGCUUCUGCAAUCCGGAUUUACACAAGAAAACCUCACCCGAGGACACCAGUCGAUCCUGCCACUUUUGCGACAAGAAGAGACGUGUUAGCGCCAAGAAGGCAGACGAGGAGCCCCAGAGUGGCUAUGAGACAGCCAAAAGUCACCACUACUAUGAGAUCCUGUCAAAAUCUGAUCAUCAGCACACGCAAACAAAGUCCAAAGAUCCCGAGACAAUCAGUACAAGGUGCGUGAAGACAAAUGAGAGGAUACAGAGAUUCGUUCCAUCCCCAGAGGACUCCAAAAAGGGCAAAAUUAAUCGUCCCCGAGAUAUUCCUGAACCCAUUGCCCGUGGAUCAGCUGUACAUCGUGUCAUUCACGACGAAGUGGAUCCACCACGGAAGGCCCAAAGUCAGAAGAAACCACCAGCAGAUGAGAAGAGGCAGAAAAUUAAAUUUCCCAGCCCCUAUAGGAUUCUCUCAUCACCACAGAGCUACGAUGAUGGUGGUUCCUCGGGGUCUGAGGAUAUAGACUUCAGUCCACCAGCUCCGCGAAUGAAUCCCCCAAUGAGAUCACGAUGGGCCAAUUCAAGUCGUUUCGCCAGCCACCGAAAGGCACCAAAUAGUCGCUCAAAUGCAAAAUCUUCCUUCGCCUCGGCAACGAGUACGACGGCUACACCGGGAACGAAUACAGGUAAUUUCUUCACACCUCGGAAGGGACUUCGUGUGGGUUGGCAUCCACCCUGGGGACUGCUGUGGGGUGAGAUGAUGAGAAAAAAAAGUCACAAAUCCACGCUCUUUACCACACAUAUAGGUUGGUCAGUUACUGUGGCGGGGAACUAUCAUCCCCAAUUGGCGCCGGAUGUUGAAAUGCGCCUCAGCUUCCCGAAGAGUCAAACAGAGGCCAUCCUCCCACAGGCACCGCCGUCCACGGCAACGACAAGCAGAGAUUUCUACGAGAUGACACCCCCACCACCGGGGGCUACUGAUACGAGGGCACACCGACCAGCACUACCCCCAACUGGUGCUCACACCCUCAAUCCCAAGAGAACCCUCACAAAAGUCACCCCAGCUCCAUCAGCUAAUGGGAGGAAUUAUCGCUUUCCGGAAGUGAGUACAGCCACAAGUCAGGCGGUGUCGCGGCAAACAGCCAAAAAAGCAAUUAAGCGUGUGGAAUGCAGCGUUGCCGUCACUUCCGCCACCCGAACAAUCUCCAAAUUCAGCCGACAGCGCGCCAUGUCCUUCCAAUCCCUCCACCCAGCCAUUGAGGACUCCUACAGAAAUCGCAGUCGCGACGGAUCAAUUGGAAAUCUCUCCAGUCGCCGAAUGUCUCUCGAUGGAAGCCAAUCAGAUGAUGUUGCCAGCCUCAGCAUCAUGGGAAAUGCCAUUGCACCAGAAACAAAACCUCGUGUACCAACAAUGAGUGAGAAAGACCUAACAAGGAGGCAUAGUUCCUGCUUCACGAGGAAUAGAUCCUAUCUCACGUAGAUUUUAUAAACUUCCCAUUUUUCUUCAAAAUGCAGUUUUAGAAUUUUUUAGGGAAUUGUAAUGUAACAGAGAAGGAAGAAAUGAUAAUUUAGUACCAAAAAUAUCGAUUAGUUUGUACCUAAUAUACGUUGAUUGAAUAUUAAUUAGAUGAAUUGAGGAGGGAGGGAUGAUUAAUUAAAUUUGAUUGAAAGGAUUAAAAUUAAAUAUUAAUUAUGGCUCCCGUGGGUUUAUUUUUGUAGUUUCCGUCCUGCCUAUCCAUCAAGGUCUGCCGCCUUUUUAUUCAUAAUUCAAUUAAUUUUAUUGUUGAAAAUACAAUUAAGCUUCCACAAAAGCACGGCGCGAAUUAAUUUUUUUUAAUUGCUUUUUUUUGCCUACGUUAAGACAGUCAUAGAUUAGAGGUUUAAAUCUAAAACCAGUGAAGAAAAUCAAAGCUUCUUUGUCUAAAAUCGCUGCUUUUGACAGAAUUAAUAGAGCUAAAAUAAUCAAAAAAAAAUCAAAACCUUAAAACUUACCCAAAAAAUUUAUGAUUUUGAUGAGAUUUAAUCAGAAAAUUAAGAAGAGCUCGAAAAAUCAAACUUCCAAUGAAGUUGGAGUAAAAUUGGAGUAAGAACAGUCUCCCUGUUACUGAGUAAUAAAAGAAUUCUCCAGAAUGCUAAUAAAUUAAAUUACAGCCCUUACAAAAAGCCUAAAAAAAGAUAAAUUGGCACAAUUCUGCAAUGAAAGCUUUAUCAAGCUCAUCAUUGUUGUUUGCAUAUUCCAUUGAAUUGCCCCUUCCUCGUGCCAUCUUUCCAAUUAGGCUGAAUAUUGUUUUGACCCUGUGGGACAGAAACUACAAUAAAAAUCCCGCAGAAGGGAGAACUUCCUGCUUGUUUGAUGCUCCAUAUUUCGGAGUUGUUGUCACUGCGCGAAAGGAUGGGGAAAUGUGUUUUUAGGGAAUGUGUGUGAGCAUCGCGUGCUUCAAGCCAUUCUUCGACAUGUGAAAGUGUCGCACAUUUGAAAUUUCAUUCAGUGACCGAAUUCCGCAUUUCCCUUCCCCCCCAACACAAAAGUCUGAUAUCAAAGCAACCCCCAAUAUAAACCAUUUUACCCUUCCGGUCGUAUAAAGGGGAAAAGAAAGGGGUGAACCCAUUUGUAAUUACAUAUUUCUCAAAAUGAAGAAAGUUCAUUAGAAUUUUGAGUGUAGGACUAAAUUAUACCAAGAAAAAUAAAAUAAAAGGAUUUUUGGUAGAAUAAAAUAAAUGAAAAAAAAUGGUUUUGUUGCCAACUAUUAUAUUCUCUCCAUAUCAGAAUAAUUGAGAUAAUAAUUAAUUAAUCCAUUACGGCAAAUCUUAUGCGUGAAUAAUAUUUUACUUAACUUAAGAAUGAUAUAUCGUCAG